CGGGCCCGACCUCCACCCGGGUCUCUCCGCAUGGCGAGCAGCAGCGGCUCCAAGGCUGAACUCAUCGUGGGCGGGAAAUACAAACUGGUGCGGAAGAUCGGGGCUGGCUCCUUUGGGGAUGUUUAUCUGGCGGUCACCACCGCCAACGGCGAGGAAGUGGCGGUGAAGCUGGAAUCUCAGAAGAUCAAGCACCCCCAGCUGCAGUACGAGAGCAAGCUCUACACGAUUCUCCAGGGCGGGGUGGGCAUUCCCCACAUGCACUGGUAUGGCCAGGAGAAAGACUGCAAUGUCCUGGUCGUGGAUCUCCUGGGACCCAGCCUCGAAGACCUCUUUAAUUUCUGUUCGAGAAAGUUCACGAUGAAGACUGUGCUUAUGUUGGCGGACCAGAUGAUCAGUAGACUUGAAUACAUGCACACAAAGAAUUUUAUACACAGAGACGUUAAACCAGAUAACUUCCUGAUGGGGACCGGGCAUCACUGUAACAAGUUAUUCCUUAUUGACUUUGGUUUGGCCAAAAAGUACAAAGACUCCAAGACAAGGCAACACAUACCGUACAGAGAGGAUAAGCACCUCAGUGGCACUGUCCGAUACGCCAGCAUCAAUGCCCAUCUUGGCAUUGAGCAGAGUCGCCGAGAUGACAUGGAAUCAUUAGGCUACGUCUUGAUGUAUUUUAAUAGAUCCAACCUGCCGUGGCAAGGACUAAAGGCUCUAACAAAGAAACAAAAAUUUGAAAAGAUUAGUGAAAAGAAGAUGUCCACUACUGUUGAGGUUUUAUGUAAGGGAUUUCCUCCAGAAUUUGCCAUGUACUUAAACUACUGUCGUGGGCUGCGUUUUGAGGAAGCCCCGGAUUACAUGUAUCUGAGGCAGCUUUUUCGCAUUCUUUUCAGGACCCUGAACCAUCAAUAUGACUACACAUUUGAUUGGACACUGUUAAAGCAGAAAGCAGCACAGGAGGCAGCCUCUUCCAGUGGGCAGGGCCUGCAGGUCCAAACCCUCCCAGGCAAGCACACGGAGAUAGCCAAGAAUAAUGUGAAAGGUUCCUAA